CCCAGGAUGCUGCGCGGCCACCUGCACCUGCCGCCACUAGCACUAGAGGGAUGCGCAAAGCAGGCGGGGCGUUGGAGUUCAGAUGUGCGCUCCCGGGAUAGGCUGCCCCGGAGAGGGAGAGGCGGGGUCGGAUGUGUCACGUGGACCUGCUCCCGCCGCCGCUGCCGCCGCUGCCGCCGCCGCCGUCGUCUUUCUCUGUCUCGGCUGAGGCAGCCAUCUUGCUCUUCCCGCGUGCUGGUGUUGGAGGACCCUCCCUGCUUCAGAUUUACCAACAGCAUGAAUCAAGAAAAGUUAGCCAAACUUCAGGCUCAGGUCCGGAUAGGGGGCAAGGGUACAGCUCGCAGAAAGAAGAAGGUGGUACACAGAACAGCUACAGCUGAUGACAAAAAGCUUCAGAGUUCUCUAAAAAAACUGGCUGUGAAUAAUAUAGCUGGUAUUGAAGAGGUGAACAUGAUUAAAGAUGAUGGGACAGUUAUUCAUUUCAACAAUCCCAAAGUCCAAGCUUCCCUUUCUGCUAACACCUUUGCAAUUACUGGUCAUGCAGAAGCCAAACCAAUCACAGAAAUGCUUCCUGGAAUAUUAAGUCAGCUUGGUGCUGACAGUUUAACAAGCCUUAGGAAGUUAGCUGAACAGUUCCCACGGCAAGUCUUGGACAGUAAAGCACCAAAACCAGAAGACAUUGAUGAGGAGGAUGAUGAUGUUCCAGAUCUUGUAGAAAAUUUUGAUGAGGCAUCAAAGAACGAAGCUAACUAAAAGUUUGGUUUUUGGAAGCUGGCAUGGACUAGAUUUAACAAAUCAGCUAUGUGGUUCCAAAGUUUUACAGACACAGAGAACAUCACCUGUUACUAGUUCAGUAAUAUAAAUAUUUUGUAUAUUAAUAAUGCUGUUUGUUCAGCAUUUUUCGGUCAUUUGAUUUUGCAUUUUGCACUUCCUCCCAGGAUAUUUUUUUGGUCAAAAUAUGAAGUAUUGGUGCAGUUUGAGGGUGUUUUGUUUUUUGAUUCCUGGUUUUUUUGUUUUUUGUUUGGGGUAUUUUUGGUGUAUGUAUGUUUAUGUAUGUGUGUGGGUAUGUGUGUAUACAGUAGAGAGCAAAUUGGAAAACAGUUCUAUUUAUCCUCCUCCCUCCCCAGUAGAAAUAAAAAAAAAAUCUUUACAUUUGUUACUUUUCUUUUCCCCCAUAAGGCAUAGAAUUAAUGGGAAGUGAGUGUCUUGGAUUUCAGAUCUGAAGAGAUUUUUACCAUUAGUGGUUUGUUUUUAAUUUGCUUGAUUAACUAUCAUAUUUUUCAUACACUUCUCUGGGUUUAAAAUGUCUUGGAGGUAUUUUGCCACUGGCUUCAUGCUGGAGUAAUGGGUAACAUAUCUUUGGUAUGGUUAUUUUAGAUUCACUUAACUAGUCAGACCCAGAAGAACUUCUUUUACUAGCUUGCUUCCUAAAUGCCUUUUUUCCUCUCCUUUUGGUCUCCAAAUGGCCUGGUCAGCUUUUGGUAAUAUUCUUCCUCAUCUUCCACCUAGCUUGAGAAGGAUGUUCUCCAUAUAGAGUUAAGCGAGUGCCUAAUCCCUCCUUUUGUAAGAUUUUGUUCCCUCAUCUUGAGGAACAACAACUUCAUCUUCAACUUUUUAUUUCUCCCCCAAUUUUACAGUUCGGUAGAUUUCAAACUGGAAUAGCUAGCAUGUGCUUGCUAAAUAAUUUUAUGCCAGCCUUAUCCUGUAUCCUAGCUGUUCUUAAUAGCAGGUACAAAAAUGCCUCUUUUUCAGCAAGGUUGAAAUUGGGAAUGUCCUUUUGCAUCAGAAGAAAAUAGGCCAUAGACUCAUCCCCCAGCACAAAUGGGCAUUCUGUGAAAUGGUACUGGCCCUAGGAGGAUUUCCUCAACCACUCUCCUACUCUUGGCCUUGAACCUACCUCUGGGUUGGAUCUUACUAUUGUAGCUGCUCACUAUACCCUCCUGCAUGCUUAGAAUAAUGCUUUGGGGGGAGCACUGGUAAAACACAGUAUUUAUUUUUUUACCUCCUUUAAGAGGACUUGGAGGUAAGUUGCAUUCAUUCACUCAAGUUUCACUCUUGCUGUCUAAUAGAAGCUUACGUUUUGCUAUAUCAGCAUUUGUUACAGCCAAUAUUUAAGGAUAAAAUUUAGAAAAUAUAUCAUUUCCUGGCCCAUCAUCAAACUAAUACAGCUUAACCUUGCAGCUACCAACUUUUGUGUCAAGCUGGGUAUCUUUAUUUGAUAUCUAAGGUGCAAGACCAACAAUAUAUUAAGAGAUCUAUAGACAUGAAGGCAAAGCUCUUGUAUUUUUUUCAUCCAAACACCUCAAUUUAUUUUAUAAAUUUGUUCAUUUUUCCUGUUAUGUUUUAUAUAAUAUAUGGACUAAACAAAAUAAAAUAACAGUACAAAAGAGGAGA